AGACGCUUCGCCAUCUUGGAUUUAGGGAAAGUUGCAGUUGACUAAACAAACACAGAACAACCAAGACAUGAGCGACUCUAACUCUCGGAACGAGACGGCAGCCACAGUUAAAGGACCGGACACCGAUAUGGGGCUGGCGGCAAAUUCCAGGGAGCGAAAGUCCGGUGGAGAUGUGAUGAAGAGACUCAAGUCGCAACGAAAUCAAACGGAUAAACAGCGGCCUGUUGUUACAGAGGAUGAGCUCAGGGCGCUAGGACGAGACAUCACACCAGAUGAAAUCCUUGGUCUUUGUGCUGUUACACGGGAUUAUCUAUGUAAACCUGAGGACAACGUCUACAAUAUUGACUUCACACGUUUCAAGAUCAGAGAUCUGGAGACUGGGUCAGUGCUCUUCGAGAUUGCUAAACCUCACAGCUGUGACCCUGAAGAUGAGGAGAAUGGAGAUGGAGACGGCAGUGCUGGGCGCUUUGUGCGCUAUCAGUUCACGCCAGCCUUCCUCAGACUGCGGAAUGUUGGUGCAACUGUGGAGUUCACCGUGGGGGACAGGCCUGUUAACAGCUUUCGCAUGAUAGAGAGGCAUUAUUUCCAGAAUAAAGUUCUCAAGAACUUUGACUUUGACUUCGGAUUCUGCAUCCCAAACAGCCGGAACACUUGCGAACACAUCUAUGAGUUUCCCCAGCUCCAUGAGGACCUCAUUGGCCUAAUGGUGGAGCACCCGUAUGAGACCAGGUCCGACAGCUUCUAUUUUGUGGACAACAAACUGAUCAUGCACAAUAAGGCAGACUACGCCUACGAUGGGGGCCAGUAGUGUCUGAAGAUUAGCUUCUUGUGUGCAAUGCAACGCAGGGGUCACAUUGCCCCUGAAUACAACCAUCAUGUAGCUCUUUUGGGAACAGGAGUGUACUUUCUCCACUUCAGACAUUCCAACAAACUUUACCAGCCCCAGGUUUGGGGAAAAAUGACCAUAUCUACCUUCCAAACAGGUUGCUUCAUUUAUUUGAUACCUCGUACCCAUCUAUUGCUUGGACUCAUAGGAAUCUCUCGUCAAUCACUCUUUUGUAAUGUUGAACAUGUUUUCCUUUGUCUUUUCUAAUGUUUCCACAUUUAAAUGGUUACUGCUUAUUUCAA